AUGAGGGUUGUUGUCACGGGCUCGACGCGCGGUAUAGGCCGUACUGUGGUGGAGACACUUUCGCGCGCCGGCCAGAACACCAUCUUCCUCGGGUGCCGUGAUCUGGAAGCCGGCAGAGCGCUCGCGGCGGAACUCGGUGGCGGCGCCGUGCCGCUUCUGCUUGACGUUACAGAUGAUGCCUCGGUCGCCGCCGCCGCCGCGAGCGUCCUGGCCACAGGGAGCCAGCUUGACGCGCUGGUGAACAACGCCGGCGUGCUUCUGGAACGCAAGGGCACGGCGUUGGCGUCCAUCGUUGAGCCCACCUUGCGGGUGAACUUGCGAGGCGCCGUCUCGGUGACCGCCGCGUUCCGCCCGCUCAUUCGAGAUGGGGGGCUCAUCGUCAACAUCUCGUCGGGCGCCGGCACGUUCGUGACGGGGCAGCUCGACCCCUCGGUUCGCGCGAGGCUGGAGGCGAUGGACGCGGCUCGCCUCCAAGAGGCCAUCGCUCGCCUCGCAGCCGCGGCCGCCGCGUCGCCGACGCACCAGCCGGACGACACGCCCAUCUACGGCGUGAGCAAGGCGGGGCUCAACUACUACACUCAGCUCGAGGCGCGCGAGAACCCGCGCCUUCGCGUCGUCGCCUGCUCGCCGGGCUUUUGCCGCACGGCCAUCGCCGGUGCCGACGCAGACUACAGCAGACGUGAGCCCAAGGAGGCGGCGCUCGGCGCGGAUGUGGUGGUAAAGCUCCUCUUGGGCGACCUCGGCCGCGACUCGGGACGCUUCUACAAAGAGUGCAGCAAGCCGGGCACCUCGCUCGAAGCGGCACGCUCCAAGCAAGAGCCGUGGGUAGCGAGCUUUGCGAAAGGCAACUUUUGCGCCCUCACGCCCGCGCAGCAGCGGAAGGCCAUUGACGGGCCAGAAGCGGCUCCGCAAGCGACGAGCACGUCGUCAGCCCCGCCGGCCAAGCGCGCAAAGGCGAGCCACGAAGCACCGCCCGCUGCGCCUGCCGCCGCCGCCGCCGCCGCCGCCGCGUCGUGGCAGGUCUUUCUCGGCGGUUCCUUUCGGCCAUACGAGGAGCCCGUGCAAGCGACGAUCGAGGCGGCGUGGCAGAGUGCCGAUGCCGCAGUGGAGGUGACGAUUCGCGGCCAGGCGUACGUCCUUGACUUUGCGGAGAGCAGGCAGCGCCAGAAGAGCGACCCAUCGCGCUCCCGAGCCAUCAAGCGCGUCGUGUCGCUGUCGUAA